AUACUGAGUUGUCAUAUUGCCUACUUUUGGGAGUUUUUACCAACGUGUGAGACAUUCUUAUACAAUUUCUAAAAGCGGGAUCAGCGGAAUAUCUCGAAAGGGAGAACCCCGUCAGUCGUUCAGUUACUCCAGCGGGAGUUCGCUGCGAAAAUAGAUUUAAAAUUCUGUCUUCAGAAAAGAUAAAAAUUGGUGAAAAAGCGCUCAAGAAUUUUCGUGUUCAUCCAUUCCGUGUGAUAACAAAUCUAGCAAAUCGAUUAUUCAUUCACUGUGUGCUAAGUGACAAUAAUUAUUAGUUCAGUGCGAUUUUAAUGUGUGUAAAAUGUAAAAGUAAAUGCAGAUAUCGUGCUCAGGGACGCAUCCAGAAAACUUUGAUGGGAAAUAACCAUGCGCCUGCUUUCCUCAAAUACUUUUCCACUUUUCCGACUCUAUAAAUAGUUUCAACUGACAAUUCCGCUGGUCGUGAAUGUUUUUCACUUGUGGCAAGAACGAAGAGUAUUUUUAUGCUAAAAAGAACAUUUUCAUUGAAGAACAUUUCAGUGGGGGACCGCAAGAGUAUUUGGACGCCGCAUGUUAAUGCUGAGAAAAAGCAAUUUCAAGAGUGUUUUCAAUUUGGGGCUUAUACGGUUAAUCUGCGGCAGAUGGUACUAAUUUUCUCUAUACCUCAUCAUGGCAGAAGGGGUCACAGCAAAAGUAUUUCGGUGCUUCUGUGACUGUUCUGAACUCACAGAGAAGGAGAUUCAGGACAUUGUGAUGGGACGUACAGAUCUCGUGUUUGAUGAUCCUAAAGUCAAGCAAAUGUUCAGAGCCUAUAUGGAAAAGUUCCAUCCAUCCCGACAUACUGGUUCCUACAAGAAAAAUCCCAUGUGCCUCAGAUACCUCCUUUGCUAUGAAAUCAGCCAGGAAGUGCUGUCUUUGCAUCCCAGUGAGAGAAUGGAUUAUGACAGGACAGAAGAACUUUUGAACAAUUGUCCAAGUUAUGCUUGGGAAAAGAUUAUUUACAAAGCCAUUACAGAUGAAAAUCAUCCGCUAAAGCUUGAGGAAUUUCUUCAGCAAUUUAUGCUAGAGGUCAAAAGGAGCUUUGAGGAGGACACAAAUGAAUACUACGCCUUAUUCAAGGAAGAAUUAAUGAAGAAGCUGCAGCAGAAGUGAUCUCAACGUGAUAUAGUCUCAAGACACCAGAAAUUGCUUUUAUUCCCAUUCACAGAGAAUUAUGUGAGCUUCAUGAUAAGAAAUAAAGAAUUUGCCAUUUUGUUGAGAA